GUGGAAAGCGCUCUUCUUCUUUUUCUUUUGCGGUAUAAAUACGCAGGGGUGGCAUGCUCAUUUUCCUCCCUUUCAGGCCAAGCACGCAGCGUCCGGUGAAUCCGUAGUUUGGUUGCUCCACGAUUUCACACUCUUUCUUUUUUCAUCUUCUGCUCUCUCACAUCAACACACACGAAAUACAAAGUUUCAUUCACGGAUCGCAACGGACACUGAAAGAGCCAAAUCCAUUUUACGGUUUCUGUUCUCCUCAUGUUCGACGCAGAGUACGGCGAUAAACGGUAAACGUUCGAGUCGGCUCGUUUAUCGUUCUUUCAGUACGUUCUUUUUCUUUUCUUCCCCUGGCCGUUGCCUAACUCCCCUUCAACGAGUACAACGGUGACAUCACGCUCCUCUCACUCUUGUGCAGCACAAAACAUCAUGCUUGUGUGUUAACGAACUGCUUUUUUUUUGCGUUUAAAGGGUGAGUUUAGCAGCUGUUACAACGCGAUUAUUACGAUUGACUAGCUGCAUUGACAGAUAGUCUCGCGAUGCGAGCAACAGCGGUGCUCUCCGAGGGAUUUAUGCUACGACCCAACAAGUACCCUAAGGGCACGCACCGGUUCUCCCAGUGGAAUGAUGUCGUCGAAGUAGCACCGACAAAUGGCUUUGCCGCCGCGACAGAGGUGACGGUGUGCGACCGCGAUACCGAGGCGGUUGAAGUUUCUGUGGUGCGCCGGACCCUCCCUGUUCAUCGCCGCACGCAAAUCGACUUCAUCACAGACGAGGAAAUCACAUGGAAGACGUGGCUGCACGAGGUAAAGGAGAGCGUUACCGAAGGUUUCAGCUCUACCUCGCGGUUCCGGUUGAUGCUGGACAUGACCAUGACGGACGCCGUGUCCCGCAAAGGAUCCUACGCGUUGAGCUUCUGCUCUGUGUGUUGUGUGGUCUGUGUGUGUGUCAUCAUGCUCACCAUCCUCUCUAGCUUCGCUGUUGUCGGGCUGCGCCUCGCCGAGGCCUCCUACGGUGCGGUGGAUUUGGUUAUGACAACAGGUGGCCUCGCUGCGUCGGCUUCUUCGCUCAACUACACACACGUGUCAGAUCGUUUGCUGACGCUAUCGUCGGCGCACCACGUACACUCCUACCGUGUCGACCUUACCGGCAAGGCAAGAAGGCAGUCGUCGUGCAGGCUGCAAGAUGGCACGGUGCAGUCGCUCUGGUUUAAGCCGACGGAGGGAAGAGCGGCGACAGCGUCGAACACGACGCGCGUCUUGUGUCAAGAAACCUGCGUAUCGGAUUACUGCGAGGGCAACGUGGAGACGGUUGCCGUCGUCGUCGUGGACCCCUCCACCGACCCUGCCUUCACCGCAGACGCCGCAGCUCACGUUGGCAAAACCUUGGAACUCCUCCCAUACAGCGGCGUGAUGGUAUCCGAGUCCUUAGCCGGCGCACUGAAGGUGACGACGGGGGACGAGGUGCUGGUCAACGCGGCCAUGGACCCAGAUCUGCGUCACGUUUUCAAUCAGGUAACACGCUACGGGGAAGCCAAUCCGCACAUCUUACUCUCUGUGAAAGUCGGCGCUGUCAUCGCGGACGCGUACUUCCCAGAUGCCGCGGAGGACUUCUUUGUGUUGAUGAAUCCCGCGCAUUUCACGGCUCUUGUGGUGGAUGCGAUGGCACCGACAGUAUCAGCCGAGGCGCGUGCCGCUGCUCGGUUGGCGAAGCCCGCUGAGUACGCAACCCGCAUCGUGUUUCAGAUGCCCGCGAAGGAGCGCAAGGACGCGUACCUGCACUCCGAUUUUGGCCAAAUUCGCGCUCGCGUGCGCGACUGGGGUGCACUCUUCACGGAGAAAAUCGGUGCGAAUCAGAUCACCAUGGCCACGCCUCUCCUGUCCUUUCUCUACACCAUGCAGUUCUUCAGCUCUUUUGUGGGGCUUAUCAUCUCCAUCGUGGUCCUUGCCCUCAGCUUCAUCAGUAGUGUUCUGAUUUGCACGUUGCUCUCAAUAGGGAUUAAGACGAAGACGUACGAGUUGGGCAUUCACCGCAUGCUCGGGUUUUCUUGCUCUCACCUAGCCCUGUUAGUCUUCACCAACACGUACUUCUUCACCCUGCCCGCGUGGGUGCUGGGCCUCAUCACAGGUCAAAUAGGAUACUGGAUUGUGCGAGCCGUCAUGCUGCAUUACGCCGCUGUGCCGUUGGGGAUUGCCGUGUCCGGCUCCGCAGUCGGCUGGGCCACGCUGGCGGGACUCGGUGUCCCGUUUGUCGCGGCCUUGCUACCAAUUCGCUCGCUGAUUUCGACGGCACUGCCUACCGCCCUCGACACAUCGCGCGGGCGAGGUGUGGGUGUUGUCUACCGCAUCCAACGGGGCCGGUCGCGCGAGACGGACGUGUUCAUCUUCAGCCUCGGCUUCCUAGGUGCUGUGGGUGGGUUCGCCGCGUACGUCUUCUUCCCCACCAGCGUUAUCACGCAGAACUUCUCUCUCAUGUUCUACAUCUUUUUUCUCGUGUUGCUGGGGAUGCUGGGCGGGCUCGUGAUGCUGGCGACCAACUUCGAGCGGGUGAUGGAGACGAUGGUGCGGCUUGUUUUCAUGUCAUGGGAGCACCGUGCUGUCCGGUCGAUGGUGACGAAGAGCCUCUCCGCGCACGUGCUCCGCAAUCGGCAGACCACCGUCAUGUACGCGCUGUCCGUGGGCUUUCUCGUCUUCAUCACCGUUGCCUUCGACAUCGAGGUCACCUCGUUGAAGUACUCCACGGAGCGCAGCCACGGCUCAGACGUGACGCUGCACCUGCGCAGGGCGAGGCGUCCAAAGCUGGGCCGCACCCCGGCCUUCGUCGACGCUGUCACGCCGCUGCCCGAUGGCACCACGUACGCGUACGAAGCGACGUCGCUGCAUCCGGAGAAUUUGCUUGGGAUGGUGGGCGACGGCAUAGGCUUGUCCUUCGCAGCGUACGCGCAGCUGGAGCGCGACGUCUAUGAAGCACUGGGAAAAGAGGUGGUGCGCGCCAUGACGUAUCGCGUGGCUGCACCGACCGGCGGGAACCUGUAUCCGGUGCAGCAAAUACGCAUGAAGACGUUGGGGCAAACGGAAAACCACGUUCUCAGUCUGUGCCCCGUUCCCCCCAACUUCUUCGACGUGAUGAACCAGAACUACAUCAAGGUGAACAAGUACGAGACGGAGGUGGGCCGCUAUGGACUCACGGGCGGCCUGUACGCGGAGUCGGCCACUAACGCGGCGGUGAUCGCCACCACCACCAAUCGCGUUUUUGCACUGCGUAGCUUCAGCGAUGCGUUUCUGUUCGAAACGCACGUUGCUGCGUUUUCUCGCGGCGUCAACAACUCCGAUGCCGCGCUGAGGCCGCCGCAGUCUAAAGUGCAGCUUAGUGCAGGCCGGGCUCUAGCCGUGAUGGACAGCUCCGCGGUAUUCCUCAUGACCAAGUACCCCAAUAACAUGGGCGAGGUGUUGCUGUCGCUGCCGUCGGCAGUGCGCCUCACCGGCACCCCAUACUUAAGCUGCAACGUGCUGCCUCUGACCGCGGUCUUCCUGCGCGUUUCCUCACCGGCGCACUACGCAGAGGUGAAAGCUUUUCUGCGCUGCUGGCUCUCGAAAAGAGAGGUGAGCUACAGCAUUGCCGACAUGACGACCGCGUUGGAAGAUGUCGAGACCAUCGACACCAUCUUCACGGUGUUCUUUGUUGUUAUUCAGGUUGUUAUAAUGCUGAUUUGCUUCUUCUCUCUAAUGAGCAGCAUGACGGCGAACGUGUUGGACUCGUCGAAGGAGAUUGGCGUGCUCCUGUGCCUCGGCAUGACGCGCCUGCAGGUGUACCGCGUGUACGUCUGGGAGGCUUUCACCCUGGUGGUGUCCUCUGGCUUUCUCGGCUUACUUGUCGGCGUGGCGUUGGCGGAGACCAUGCUGCUGCAGAGCUCCCUCUUUACGCAGCUGUCCAUCCCGUUCCCCUUCCCCUAUAUUCAGCUCUGUCUUAUUUUCAUCAUUGGCUUCGGCUCGGCGCUCGCGGCAAGCGUCAGCCCCGUCACGUAUCUGCUAAACCUGCCCUCCAUCACACACAUCUUGCGCAGGGUGAUGUAG